AUGGCCACCGUUCACUUCAACCGACCAGUGACUAACGCGGGAUCUCCCAAAGCGGAAGCAAAAUUGGGUGAUGCACUCACGCGAUCGCGUCGAGCCGCGUCACCGCCCUGGUUGCUUCGGAAUCGCCGGACCAAAACAAUAAUCCGUCGGCGAAGCCAUCACAAGGUUGUGCCCUCAGACGUCGUCACCUUUGUCAUUGAAGAGGCAGCUCGUCACGAUGACCAUGCUGCCCUUCAUGGGGACAGACUUCCACCGUAUUACUUGCUACCUCCCGAUGAUACUCAUUUCGCAAGCGCAGAUGAUCUAUCGCAAUUAAAUAUUCUCAUUACUGGUCCACCGGGGACUCCUUACUCGGAAGGUCUCUGGCGACUACAUUUAAAGAUCCCAAAGGACUAUCCUAAAAGUCCUCCCAAAGCAGUCUUCCGUACCAAGAUCUGGCACCCCAAUGUGGAGGAGAUGACGGGUGCAGUGUGCGUCGAUACGCUCAAGAGAGACUGGCAGUCCAAGUUGACAUUACGCGACGUCCUCGUCACCAUCUCCUGUCUCUUGAUCCAUCCCAACCCAGACUCUGCGCUCAACGCAACUGCCGGAACGCUUCUCCGAGAGGACUUUUCUGCAUUUGCACACCAAGCCAAACUUCUCACAUCGAUUCACGCACCGAUCCAACCCGCUAUGCGAGCGGCUGUGAAGCGAGCUCGGGAUCGGGGUGAGGAGUCUGCCUCCAGCCUGUUGGACGGAGAGGAUCUUCGAGACUCUCGUCCGAGAAAGCAGCCGCGCCUGGCUUUGAGUGGCGCACGACAAACCACCGACACCGAGAGCUUGCCAGAGAAUCCGUUUCGAUCGAACGCGGGAUCGUCAAGUCAGGCGACUGCGCCUGACGCCCAUCGUCACUCUGGCCUCGACGACGCCGUCAUGGCUGAUAUCGAGAGCGAUACCGAAUGCCUCUCGGGCUCAAGCAAGGAGAACGUGCCCUGCUCAGAUGUCCCCACUCCUCUUCGCGCUCCACCACCAACUCCAGUGAGGAGCUCACCCAUCAAACGCCCGCUCUCCGUCAUUGCCACCUCCGAUCCCGAUGAUUCCGAUGUGGAAAGAGUUCUCGUGCGGGAUUCAAGCGAGUACUCCGAGUCCGAAGAUGAGACAGGCUACAUGGCUCCCUCGGCCCGAAACAUCCGCGCCAAUGUCGCCAGCUCCCGUCUCUCCCCUUCACCCCGCCGCGCCGCUCCCAUGAUGGAUUUUAGCAGGGAACGGAGCAGCCCCCUUCGUCUCCGAGGCACUCGCCAGAUUCGGGAGGAGGUGGUCCCUGAUCGCACGCGGCCCAACACCGGUGGCAAGGAGAACCACGACACUACCGGCUUCGGCGCAAAGAUACCUCUCAGAACCUCCACUACACCCUUCACCAGCAGUCCCAACAGCAGUGCCCCGUCCUCGGUGGAAAAUCCCUUUGUGGUGCCUCUUCCCCCUCCAGUUCGCGAGACCACCCGAGAGCCUUCCAAGGUAGAGGGCAAUCAGAAGAAGGCGGCUUUGCCUCGCAAUGGAGCUGGGCCCAAGUCCAAGGGUCGCAUGGGCGUGCGACGGCUAUGA